AUGCUCAUCUCAGUCUGUAGUUCGCAGCAAGCACAACAGUGCUUCCGCUACGCCCGCACUUCUGCCCUUGACGACACGAAUACAUUCUACUCCUGGGCAUGUGGAACAGCUUCAGACGACAUUCUCGUGCUUGCGACAUCAACAGUUGAAGGAGAAGUUCUGACCGCGGGAUCCGGCACCACGGGUAUCGAUGAAUUCCUGCGAUCGAUCACUAGUGGGCUCCAGCCCACCGCCGGCAGCAAAACCCCAGCGGCCGGUGGUAGUGGAGGUAGUGGUGGCAGCAGCAGUAAUCCGAUCAGUACCACUGCCAUUGCGCUCAUAACGGUGGCUGGUAUUGCUGUACUUGUCAUCGCUUUUCUCAUCGGAUAUUUCUGUUGGUGGCGCAAGCGGUAUCAGGAUAACAACGAUGUUGUCAAACCGAAGAAGCAAUCUCAGUUACAGUACGAGCCGACUGUCACUCAAGGUCCCCGUACCGAAGUCAUACCCGCAUAUGGCGGGUCUCGGGAUGAGAUCAUGGCUAAAUGGAGCGGCCUGACGCCUCCCGGAGCGAAUCCAAACGUGCCGCCAUCUGAGGCUGCUAGUGAAUGGUCUGGGCCCACUGCGAGUGAGAUGCCACAGCCGAUGGCAACAGUACACGAAUCGGGCAGCAGCUUUGGCAACAGAUUCUAUGACCAUUAG